UAGGCCAGGCCGUAAUGGGCCGCGAGGCAGGGCCUGAUGAGAGCCGACGCACACGCCCGUCUCUUGGUCCCGUCCCUUGUUUCCCCGGCCGCCGCACCGCCGUCGUCCUCCGCUCUCCCGUCUCCGCCGCCACGCCACCCCGUCAGGCAUCGGUAGGUACAGCUGAAGGAGACAUGGCUGCGGCGGCGAAGGAGGUGGACAUGAAGAAGAUGGAGCUUAUGAAGGAGGUAAGAGCGCACCAAGUGGCCAUCGGCGAGCUCAACAACCUGCCUCCAUCCAGGGCCGCGUACCAGAAGACCUGCAACAUCUUCUUCCGCAAGGACAUCACAUCCCCCGUCGCGUCCCAACAGAAGCAACUUGACAUUGCCAAGGCGAAGCUGCAGAAGCUGGAUCAGGCAUGAAGGCUCACUGCAGGAAUUAGCAGCUCCACGGCACAAUAAGCGCCUUGGAAGUUGCGACUUAUACUGCUUCUGCUGCUUCAUUCAUACAUCUCCGUGAAUCCUCUCCAAUGCAACUGUCUUAGGAAUGGCAGACAACGUGUAUGCAACUUAUAUAGUUUUCUGUGUAAUAAUGGUGGUGUCAUUACAAGCUGGUUGCCAGUAUGAUCCAGUCUCAUUUCUUUCUGAAUAUGGAGAGUAGAUACCGGACUGUAGUAAAAAUAGAACCAUUAUGAAGGUGAUACGAUGAUUUGAAGUCUUUCUGAACUGAUAAUCCAGUGACAGCUAACAGGGUUUCAUAUA